AUGUUUGCAUGUGGGGGCUUCUUACACACAAUCAGUCCAGCAAGAACCUGCCGUGUCCUCACUAGUGUGUUGUUUGUGCGUGUGGUUCUCCUGUGUUGUCUUCUGGCCCAUGCGUCGGUCCGAGUAGCUUCAGUAAGUGUGUCGGAGUUGUUUCCUUUUGGUCCCAGUGUCAAUGACAAUCAGACAGAUCGUGAAGACGACGGCGGCUCAGGAGAGAUCCGACUGACCAUUGAUUUUCCUUUCUUCGGAAGAUCGCAUGACAAAAUUUACGUAAACAACAACGGUGUCAUCUCAUUCGUGGCAGAGCUGACGACCUACAGACCCUCAAAUUUUCCACUGCAGCAGGAGAUCCCCAUCAUUGCACCAUACUGGGCGGACGUGUACUUAGUCAAUUCAAGUGGAAACGUUUGGUUCCGGGAGACUAGAGACCCAGCCAUGUUAAACAAGGCUACUCAAGAAAUCGGGACGCUGUUUGCAAUCAAAAACUUUCGAGCGAAAUGGGUGUUUGUGGCCACAUGGGACGAGGUUGGCUUUUAUGGCGCUGAAUUAGAGGGCAAAAAUAAGAGAAACACAUUCCAAGCAGUCCUGGCACUAGAUGUAACACACAAAAUGUCCUUUGUCAUCCUCAACUACGCUAAGAUUGACUGGACAACGGGUGCCAACAGCCAGGGAGACCCCACCACGGGCCUCGGCGGCAGUCCCGCCCAG